AUGACCGUCACUUACACCGACCAGGUGGCCACGUGCAGCGGCAUGGGCGUUUUUUGGAAACUACUUUUCCGCUGGAGAGGUAGUAUUUACAAACUGCUGUGGCCCAAUCUCAUACUGUUUGCCGUCUGUUAUUUCUCUCUGAGCUUCGCCUACCGGACGCUGAUGACACAGUCCCAGAGGAACCUGUUCGAGAAAUUAUCGCUGCACUGUCUAACGCACAUGGAUCUCAUACCGGUGUCGUUUGUGUUGGGAUUUUACGUGGCUCUGGUGGUAGGCAGAUGGUGGAGCCAGUAUCAGAGCAUACCGUGGCCGGACUCGUUAGCUCUAAACGUCAGCACGUUAAUAACGGGCCAGGACGACCGGUCGAGGCUGAUCAGAAGGACAAUACUGAGGUACGCGAAUCUCAGUAUAUUGAUGACGUUGACCAUGAUAUGUCCCGCGGUGAAGAAACGUUUCCCGACAAUGGGCCACAUGAUCGACUCUGGGUUCCUGUUGCCAGCCGAACAGACCGUGUUCGAGUCCAUGAACGCCAAGACCAGCCACUCCAACUAUUGGAUGCCGCUGGUUUGGGCAGCCACCAUAGUGACGCAGGCGAAACGGGAAAAGCGCAUUGCCGACGAGUUCUCCACAAAAACGUUGGUGCACGAGAUCAACAAAAUCAGAUCCGAUUGUCACAAUCUACUGAGUUACGAUUGGAUCAGCAUACCGUUAGUCUAUACACAGGUGACAACACUGGCGGUGUACGCCUAUUUCAUUGCUUCUCUGAUGGGCAACCAAUACCUAGACCCAAGCCGAGGAUAUCCCACGCAUCCGAUCGACUUGUAUUUUCCAGUGUUCACAUUUUUACAAUUUUUUUUCUACAUGGGCUGGUUAAUGGUGGCCGAAACAUUGGUAAACCCCUUCGGAGACAACGAUGACGAUUUCGACGUUAAUUGGCUAAUCGAUAGAAAUUUGCAGGUAUCAUAUGUAAUUGUCGACGAGCUGCAUCAGGAAUAUCCGAAAAUGAAAAAGGAUCAAUAUUGGAACGAAAUAUUCCCAGCAGAGCUACCGUACACGGAGGCGACAAAGCACAUGCAAACUGCUCCGUUUCUGGGUUCAGCUCAGCACAUCGAGCUAGGAGUAGAGUAUAUGGACAGAAGGAUAAUUGUGGCAAAUGCCGGAAACCGGAGGGGCAACGUUUGUGAAACCAAUCGAGAUUUCCCGAAUGUUUAG